CAGAAGGGAUUAUCGUUUGAGGAACGUAGCGAAAGUACACCGAAGCCGCGGCAUGACGAAUACUGGAGCAAAAAUGUUUGCGAGGGUAACGUUUUAUCCAACCUUGCUUUAUAACGUCGUUAUGGAAAAAAUUACGACUCGGAAUUGGUACGAUAGAAUAGAUGAGACUGUUAUAUUGGGCGCCUUACCAUUUCGACGAACAACUAAACAGUUGAUAGACGAUGAAAAUAUAAAAGCUGUUGUGUCUAUGAAUGAAGAUUACGAAUUGUCUUUAUUGUCAAACACGGAAAAGGAAUGGCGCAGGUAUAACAUAGAAUUUCUACAGUUGUCUACAACAGACAUCUUUCAAGCACCUUCGCAGGAAAAAUUACAGGAUGGUGUAAACUUUAUUAAUAAAUUCCGCAAUGUAUCAGAUAAAAAAUUAGAUAAUCCAGGUACCGGCAAUAAUCGCAAACAACAUGGUACAGUUUAUGUUCAUUGUAAAGCAGGAAGAACAAGAAGUGCAACAUUGGUCGCGUGCUAUUUAAUAACAAAAAAUAAUUGGACUCCUGAAGAAGCGGUUGAUUAUAUGCGAACGAAAAGGCCACAUAUAUUGCUUCAUACAGCACAAUGGUCUGCGCUCAAGCAAUUUUAUGCGAAACAUGUACAGCCUACGUCUUAGCUAAAACUUUUUUAUAUAUUUGUUGAUGUUACUUUAUAUAAAUGAAAAGUAU